UGUUCACUUUGUUUUUUUUUUUUUUUUAGAUUAUUUUUUUGUCAAGUUUUUUUUUUUAAACAUUAUUUUGCUUAAAUUUAAAAAUAUAAAAUAAGAAUAUAAAAAAAAGUCUCUUGAGUUUUUGGUGACCCAAAACAAAAUUUGGGCAAAGAGGCCCAUAGGUUGAACAUUUUGUUAUCACUCACUCCAACUUCUCGUUAACACGAUUCUUUUCAAGCAUGGUGUUGACCCACAUCGGUCUCACCACAAACCACCGUCACUGGCGGCCGGAGGUGUUCUAACGAAUCCACAUUCCGAUCAACUCCACCGCCGUCACAGAAGCAGAUGAUGAAGUUCUUCAACUCACACUCACACUCUUCACAUUCGCAUGCUCUUUCUCUCCAAUGCCAAUGCCACCUUCCUCAUUCCGAACCCCAAACUUCAACCGCACCCUCAAACACACAACCGAUCUCUGCAUCGUCAAGCCCAUCCUCUCUCCCCGUACCCACCUCUCCGACGCUGUUUCUUCUCUCGACGUUUUGCACCCCAACGGCAUUCGCUUACCCACUCGCGUUCUCGCCAAUCUCCUCCGCCGCUGCUCCGACGCCAAGUCCCACCGUGACGGGAAGCUGGUCCACCUCCACUUGAAGCUCACUGGUUACAAACACCCCACCACGCUUUUAGCUAACCAUUUGAUUCAUAUGUAUUUUAGUUGCGGCGAUCAUGUUCGUGCACGCGAGGUGUUCGAUAAAAUGGGUGUUAGAAAUUUGUAUUCCUGGAACAAUGUGCUUUCUGGGUAUGCUAAGUUGGGGAUGAUGGAGCAAGCUAGGAGCUUGUUUUGUCGAAUGCCGGACAAGGAUUGCGUGUCGUGGAAUACGAUGGUGGUCGGGUUUGCGCACAGUGGGAGAUUCGAGGAGGCUUUGAGGUUUUAUGGACAGUUGAGGAGAUUGUCUAUUGGGUACAAUGUGUAUUCCUUUGCUGGUGUUUUGAUUGUUUGUGUGAAAUUGAAAGAGGUUGAACUUUGUAGGCAGAUCCAUGGGCAGGUUUUGGUUAUUGGAUUGCUGUCCCAUGUGGUUGUUUCCAGCUCGAUUGUUGAUGCUUAUGUAAAGUGUGGAAGGAUGGAAGAUGCAAGGAGAUUGUUUGAUGAAAUGCCCCUGAGGGAUAUUCCUGCGUGGACGAUCUUGGUUUCAGGAUAUGCCAUGUGGGGGGACAUGGAAUCAGCUGCAGAAAUGUUUAGUCAGAUGCCUUGGAGAAAUUCCUACUCGUGGACAUCUUUGAUUGGCGGCUAUGCUAGGAAUGGUCUGGGCCAUGAAGCACUUGGAGUGUUUAGAAAGAUGAUCAAGCACCAAGUUAGACCUGAUCAAUUUACAUUCAGUAGUUGCUUCUUUGCUUGUGCGACUAUUGCUUCCCUAAAGCAUGGUAAGGAAUUACAUGCGUUUUUGGUGAGAAAUAACAUCAGAACUAAUACUAUGGUUGUUAGUGCUAUUGUUGAUAUGUAUUCGAAAUGUGGAAGCUUGGAAACAGCCUGGCGAGUAUUUAAUUUAGUUGGAAAUAAGCAAGAUGUAGUGUUGUGGAAUACGAUGAUAUCAGCGUUGGCUCACCAUGGCUUUGGUACAGAAGCAAUGGUGAUGCUAAAUGAUAUGAUAAGAUCAGGAGUGGAGCCCAAUAGGGCCACUUUUGUUGUCCUACUAAAUGCUUGUAGUCUUUCAGGUCUUGUUCAGGAAGGACUUCAGUUUUUCAAGUUCAUGACUAGUGAGUUUGGUGUUGUCCCAGAUCAAGAACACUAUGCUUGCCUAACUGAUCUUUUGGUCCGAGCUGGAUAUUUUGAUGAAUCGGUGAAGGGCUUGCAGAUUAUGGAUUGUACACUUGGUUGGAAUUCUUUGCUUGGUGUAUGUAGAACACGCGGAAAUAUAGAUCCUGGAAGAGAAGUAGUUGAAUUCCUUAUUAAAUUGCAGCCUCAGUCGUCCGCUGCAUAUUUAUUAUUUUCCAGUAUAUACGCCGCUCUUCUGAAAUGGGGAUUGGUUGACAAUGCAAGACCCAUUGAUGAAAUACGUGUGAGGAAAGAUCAGGCCAUGAGUUGGAUUGAGAUUGAGAAUAAGGUUCAUGCUUUCACUGUAUCAGAUGGAUCACACCCUCUAAAGGAAACAAUAUACUCAUCUUUAGGGUAUUUGAGUAGCCAGAUGCAGGGCAAAGCCCCUUUACUAACUUUGGAAUGUGAAACUUAGAGAAAUCUUUUUUUUUUCCAGUAGGUCAUUUUUUGUAGAGAGAGCAGGAAUAUAGUUUCCAUUAGCUAAGUUACAUUUUCCUUUUUUUUACUUUCUUUUUACUGAUUCCAGAUUCUGCAGAGUUGAAUUUCCACAUUGGUAUACUUAUAAGAUGUUACCUCCAGAAAAAAAAACUGAGGAGGAAUGAGAAAAGAGUUGUGGGAAGAACCAAAGAAGAUAGUUUUUUUUCUUCAUGAAAGAUAGAUUUCUUGCUUCAUUUUUUGUACCCACUGUUUUGUUUGUAUUUCUCACCAAUGGAAUAAGAUAAGAAAUUUUCUCCUGCA